UCGCGCCGCGACCACGCUCCGCGACAACGCGACAACGCGCUAAAUUUACACGCCAGUGACUCUGAUACACCACCGCUGACCCACUGAUAGUGUAGUGCUAACCCAGUGUGAGUGACCCCCGCCCAUUGCGCCCGCGACACACCAGUCGCGGGGUGACUUCCACCGAACAAAACAUGUCCGGGCUAUUAUGAUAGCGCACAACCCACCGCUUCCCGAAUUCGCCAAUCAACCGUAAUGUGUUAGACUAUAACAUUGUGUCAAAUUGUAUAAAGUGUAAAUAUUAGUGUUUUGAUAUAAUAUUCAUAGUUAUAGUUAGUAGUUUCCGAUGAAAAUUUUCGGUUAAAAAUAUAAAAGUUUUGGUGUCGUAAAAUGAUAAUGUGCAAUUAAUACCGUUGACGUCAGUUGAUCGCGUUAAAACAGUGGCAGUUGGUAAAUAGUGUAGUCAGCAUGUCAUCUCGCACGGGACAGCGCGGAACGUCUGUGGCUGCCAGCCAGAGGAACCGCCAGCGGUCGCGGUCUACCAACCGGUAUGACGCGGAGAAGAAGCCGAAGAAGAACAAGGACCUUCGCACGAGCGGCACCACCAGCCUCGUCUCCAUUCCUAACAGCAUCAAGCUGACGAUGCUCAACAGCGGCCUCAUACCUAUCAACCGAGUGACGUUUAAACCACAGACCGACGAGAACGGGUCGAUAUGCGAGACCAUACCGGACCGGCCCGUGGAGAUCAAGAACUUCCCCAAACUGUGCGAGCAGCGGCGAAAGUUCCCGGUACUCUACAAACUAGAAUUCCAGACAGCAGUAAAAGUGGAGACACAUUCAUGUCGACACGCAACCAAGAAGAGUAACGCGCACAAGAACCAAAACCAGAAAGUAAUACCUUACGACUACAACAGAGUGGUGCUAGAUUCAGUGGACCGGGAGCCAGACUCCGAUUACAUUAAUGCUUCCUAUAUAGAUAGUGUUUUAAAGCCGAACGCGUAUAUAGUGACGCAGGGGCCAACGGAGGACACGGUGGUCAGCUUCUGGCGGAUGAUCUGGCAGGAGCGCGCCGCCGCCAUUGUGAUGCUCACCAAGACUUUCGACUUUAUCAAGGUAAUGUGUGUUCAAUACUGGCCACCGAACAAAGAGAAAGACGAGACGUACGGCGACAUCAGCGUGGGGAUCGUCCAGGAAGAGGAGCUGGCCAAUUUCCACAUAAGAACUUUUAGACUUUACAAGACAGAAAAAGACGUGGUGGUGGAGGAGCGGUUCAUCCUUCAGUUCCACUACACCCAGUGGCACUCGCACACGUGUCCGUUCAGCAACGCACUCCUGGAGUUCAGGAGACGCGUCAGGGCGGUUGUGGGGAGACGACUGGCCACCAACCCGGCUGCUGGGCCAAUGGUGGUACAUUGCAAUGACGGAGGAGGUCGAUCGGGCGUGUACUUGGCCAUCGACGCCAACCUAGAGUUAGCUGAAGAAGAAGACUGCUUUGAUGUUUUCGGGUAUCUGAAGAAACUCAGACAAUCAAGAAAAGGCCUUAUUGAGAACGAGGAACAAUACAAAUUCGUGUACGACACGUUAGAAGAGCACGUGGUGUGUGGCAUUUCCUGGUUCCCCGUCUCCGAACUAUCUCAAAGACUGAAACAGAAAUCGCAGAGGGACCCCUUGUCGAAACUCAACGAGUACCAGAAGGAGUACCAGCAGAUAUGCAAGCAGACCCCACGGUUUACUAUCGGGGACUGCGCAGGGGGGCAUAGGGGGGACAACAGAGAGAAGAAUAGGGACGUGCUGGUUGUUCCACCGGACAAUUUCCGACCGUACCUGACGUCGUUCCAGGGCAACAGUUUUACGGACUACAUCAACGCUGUCUUCGUGGACGGAUACACAAAACCUCGGGAGUACAUAGUGACGGAAUGGCCUCUAGUGAGGACACAGGGAGAGUUCUGGUCGCUAGUGUACGACUACGAGUGCGCGGCGGUGGUGGUGCUAUGCGUACCACCCAAGAAUUCACAACAAUUUCCACCGUUCUGGCCCGAAGGCCGACAUUCUAAGAAAUACGGCCCCGUUUUCACGAUAGACCACGUCUCGCACAACCACUACACAAACAUCAAGACCUGGAUCUUCAGAAUCAACAAGAAGAUCGUAUCGCUCACGGAGCUGAUGGCAGGAGUGAAGGCGCCGCCAAAAACAGUGCAGCUUUUCCAGCUGACCUGCUGGCCCAUGGGCCACAAGGUGCCGUCGUCCACCAACUCACUGGUCGAGCUCAUGAACAUGGUGGAGCGAUGGCGACAGCGAACCGACUACGGACCAGUUUGCGUCGUGUCACCGGACGGGCGCAGCCGCGCGGGCGUGUACUGCGCCGCCAACGCCUGCAUCGAGCAGGUCAUCCAGCACGGCGAGGUGGACGUGUUCCAGGCCGUCAAGACCGUGCGCCGCCACCGCCCGCAGCUCGUCGAGAACAUGAUUGGAAUAUCCAAAAACANGUAA